AUGAUGGCAUCUGAAAAUACCGAAACUGCCGGCUCUUUGGCCGACCGCAUUACCAAGCCUGAGGAAUCCAAGCCCACAGACACUUCUACCGAGACUCCCAAAGAUGGCGCUGGAACUGAGCUCUAUGGCUCGGAGCUUCAAGAACCUGACUACACAGUCGAGGUUAAGCUGAGUGAUCUCCAGGCCGACCCCAACAACCCUCUGUUCUCGGUCAAGAGCUUCGAGCAGCUUGGACUAGAUGAGCGCAUUCUCAAAGGUCUUUCGACCAUGAACUUCCGCCAGCCGUCCAAGGUUCAGGAGCGCGCCCUCCCUCUGUUGAUGAGCAACCCCCCAAAGAAUCUUGUCGGCCAGUCCCAGUCCGGCACUGGUAAAACUGCGGCCUUCGUCCUGAAUGUCCUCAGCCGCAUCGACACUUCGACCCCCGAGCUACAGAACACCCCCCAGGCACUGAUCCUGGCUCCUACUCGUGAACUUGCACGUCAGAUCGUUGGUGUUAUCCAGGUUAUGGGUCAAUUCCUCGACGGUCUUGCCAUCGGUACCGCCGUUCCCGCUGAUUCUAAUGCUCGCCCGGCGAGAAUGAAUGCCUCGGUGGUGGUCGGCACCCCGGGUACAGUACAGGACAUGAUCAAACGACGCAUCUUUAACCCGACUGGUCUUAAAGUCCUAGUUUUGGAUGAGGCGGACAACAUGCUUGACCAGCAGGGUAUGGGUGAUCAGUGCAUCCGCGUGAAGGCCAUGCUUCCACGCACCAUCCAAGUUGUCCUCUUUUCUGCCACAUUCCCUACACACGUCCGCCGAUAUGCAGACAAGUUUGCUCCCGACGCGAAUGAGAUUGCGCUCAAGCACGAAGAGUUGACCGUUGAUGGGAUCAAGCAGCUCUACAUGGACUGCAAUGAUGAGGAAGAGAAAUAUGCCAAUCUUGUCCAACUCUACGGUCUGCUUACUGUUGGCUCAUCUAUUAUUUUCGUCAAGACCCGUGCUUCGGCUGUCGAGAUUGAAAAGCGGAUGACUGCUGAAGGCCAUACCAUCGCAUCUCUAACCGGUGCUAUUGAAGGUUCCCAGCGUGACAGCGUCAUCGAUGCCUUCCGUAGUGGUACAGCCAAGGUUCUUAUCACUACCAACGUUCUCGCCCGUGGAAUCGACGUUUCCACCGUUUCUCUUGUCAUCAACUAUGAUAUUCCCGAAAUCUACACCCCCAACCGUCCCCGUGAGCCCGAUUUCCAAACCUACCUGCACCGUAUCGGCCGCACUGGUCGGUUCGGGCGUAUCGGUGUUGCCAUUUCCUUUGUGGCCAACCGCGAGGAGUGGGAUAUGCUGAGCAAAAUCCAACAACACUUCGCUUGCCACAUCGACCGUAUCGAUACCAGUGAUUGGGACGAAGUUGAGCGGAUCAUCAAAAAGACCAUCAAGAACACCCGUGCGCAGGCAGGCUUUAACCAGUGA